AUGCACGACCCCUGGGCACUCCGAACCAUGCAGAAAGCUGCCCGACUGAAGGAAACACAGCAGAUGUUCCGGCAGAUAGAUCACCUUGAGGAGUUCCGUCUGUCAGUGGAGAAGGAUCCUGAGGCUUUCAAAAGGUCUAUCAAAUGUCUUCGGGAACAGUUUCUGGGCAGCAAGCAGUUACAGUUACUCAUGUCUGAGACAGGUUUAGACGUUGGCGCCCUCGCACAAGGUCAAGCGACAUGUGCAUCACUGAGGGUUGAAUAA